ACCUGGGGGACAGAACUCAGAUCAUCUAAUGCAAGUGACCAGGCCCUUCCUCAAUGGCCUCUGAGAUGGAAGAUCAUGAUCUUGGCCUUUCUGGACAUCAUCAUUGCCCUGGUGGGGCUGGCAGGAAACGCAACUGUGCUCUGGCUCCUGGGCUGCCGGAUGCGCAGAAAAUCCUUCUCCAUAUACAUCCUCAACCUGGCUGCAGCCGACUUCCUUUUUCUCUUCACCCACAUUAUACGUUCCCUGCUGAAAGUCACCUACUCCUUACAUUGCAUUCCCAGAAUCUCACUCUUUUUCACAGCCUUUUUCUAUCUUGUAAGUCUGGGCAUGCUCAGUGCCAUUAGCACCGAGCGCUGUGGGUCUGUCCUGUGGCCCAUCUGGUUUCACCACCACCGCCCCAAACACCUGUCAACUGUUGUAUGUGCCCUGCUCUGGGGCUUCUCCUUGCUACUGAGCAUACUGGAAGGGCACCACUGUAGCAUCCUCUUUGGGAAUUUGGGGAAUUUUAGUGAUUGGUGUAAAAUAUUGAAUUUUACUAUUGCCAGUUGGACAAUUUUCUUAUGUAUGAUUCUCGCUGGGUGCAGCUUGGCUCUGCUGACCAAGAUGUUCUAUAGCCCCCGGAGGAUGCCACUGACCAGACUUUAUGUGAGUAUCAUGCUGUCAGUGCUGGUCUUUCUCCUAUGUGGCCUGCCCCCAGGCAUGGUCCGGUUUUUUGGGUUCCAGAUUCAAAAGAACUCCAUGAGUACCCAUUAUCUUACCUGGGCUUUGUUUAUCAUGUCUGGAAUUAACAGCAGCAUCAACCCCAUCAUCUACUUCUUUGUUGGCUCCUUCAGGUGGCAGCAGGGGCAAUCAUUCAAGUUGGUUCUGCAGAAAGCAUUGGAUGACACAGCUGAGGUGGGGAGAAGUGGAGAAAGAAGUCUGCAGGAAACUAAAGAGAUUCCAGGAUCCCGCUCAGGUAGCAAUUCUUUGCCUACCAGGGUUCAUGCAGAGAAGUAG